GUGUGUGUUGUACAUUUCCCUCCAAACACUGCCCUUGGUUUCCUCUGCGAGGUGAAAUACAGGCCAACUGAGUUGUUGUCGGUUGUGUUUGACUUUAACUCCUGUCUUUAAAGAUGGGGCUUGUCCCCGAAGAAGCAAAGGUGCUCCCUCCACCUGGGCUUGCAAACAUAAAUUCAGUUUGGCUCGGCAUGACGGGUUUGUUGACAUCAAUGCUGCACAACACUCUGAAGCGAAGGCCUGCCAUUAUGUCCGGUCUCCAUCGGCACACCCUGCUUGUAACAAUCGGGUGGUUUGUUGGUUAUCACACCACCAAAAUUGUGAAUUACAAGCAAGCCAAAUUGGACCGGGAAAUGAUGUCAUAUGUCCGAUCCCACCCUGACGACUUUCCUGAAAAAGAGAGAAGAACAUUUGCUGAGAUAGUGGAGCCUUUCCAUGCAAUCCGUUGAUGCAUCCAAGAAUGCAAGUGUAGACGUUCCAUGGGUGGUUGUAGUCUACUGUUGUGUCAUACACUGCUUCUAAUACAAUGUAUUAUAUUAUACGUCAUAUAAAGAAUAAAUAUUGUUGUCCA